ACCCAGACUGGAGGAGGGAGAGGUGAGUCUCAUGGAACCCAGUGGGAUGAAAGUCACUAAUUCAGACUGUUUCUGGAUUGCACUGUGCUGAUCCACUUAUUGUAACUAAUCAUCACCUGGAGUAACAUUGUAACUGCUCACAGCAUCCUAGCAGAGUACAAUCAUUCUAUAAUUGUUUAUUGAAAAGGUUUACCAAAAUGUAUAAAUAUUUUACAAUUAUAAAAUGAGGGGGGCAGUAAACAAAAAGGGGGAUCACAUUCAAUAAUAUAAUAUUAUUGUAAAAUAUUCAAUAUAUGUCACAAUUAUAAAAAGAAGUAUCAGAACUGGUCAGUUAAGGGUCCACAUUAUAGGGAAUAUGCAGGUUUAAUAUUGUCUCCCCAGACAUUCCAUUAUAUACAGGGAUAGAACAUUAUCCACCAUGCUAAUUGUAAAAUCUAUUAUUGAUUGAUUAUUUUUUAAUGAAUUUGUAAGUAUACAUAGAUGUAUAAAUGACAGAAUUGACAAUUUUACAAUAUGAACAGCAUUAAACAGUUAUGGAGAUGGGCUGGACACACAUUAAGACCCCAAAUUAAAAAAAAUGGGAAAAAUGAAAUUAGAAAUAAAUGAACCUUUUAGUUUUUUGUUAGGCUGGAGGCGCAGACAGUGAGGUUUUGUUAUUGCAGGUUUCCUAUUGGAGUUGGUGAUGUUAUAAAUACAGAUUUAGUGAAUCGUAUAGAAUUCAAUCAGUUAGAUUUAAUGUAACAGUUCUGAUUUUGACUAUGGGUGUAAUCAUCAUUUUCACAGAUAUGCACUUUGAUGCUGCUCACACAUCCAGCCUUAUAAAAUGUUGGGAAUAGCCCCAAACAACAUGUACUUUCCUCAGGUAUACGUGCUCUAUUCUCUUUUACCAGUCGAUAAAAGCCCUUGGCGUCACCUUUGGCCAACAGUAAAAUGACAUGUCCAACAGCAAUGGAGAAAGCACUGCUGGAAAAUAUAGCUUCUGUCAUGUCAAAAGCACGAGUUGGUGUUUGAUGUGUGUUGAUAUAUGUUAAGAGUUGUUGUUUUUUGUAAACCUUGGGAUGACAUUUGUGGCGGAACCAACCUCGCCACUGUGCACUGGAGAAGCCUGGUUGCUUGCCUGCUCCCUUUAGACUAUGGCCCCUGUUCUGUUAAAGCCAUGCUACCCCAGAUAGCUAUGUCAUUGAGCCCAGCCGAAUGACUGUAUGAAAGACUUUGGCUCCAUGGCGAUUAAACUGUAUGUAUGUGAUCUGAGCGCCAUCCAGUAAUAAUGUGCACUCAGAUCUAAGCUAUCUGGGGAUGGGUAGAAUGUCUGUAGUUUAUGUAAUAAAGGUAACCUUGUGUAUUUUAUUGUAUUUUACUGUCUUUUUACUGCCAUGUGCUUAAUGGAGUUUUGCCUCUGUCCUUGGAGAUAAUUGGAUUACUUCUCAAUUAUCUCCAGGAUAGAAGACUCUGUGAAACUGGUUUUGGGCAGAAAAGCCAUGCUUCAUUUGGUCACAAAGGACUUCGAUCUAUCUUUUGAAUCAAUGGACCAAUUUGGAUGAUUUUGACAUAUGUUUGUAUUUGGAGUAUGCUGAUUCAGAAAAUGUGAAUGUGAUGCAUACUUUCAAAGUUCUGAAUGAUGUGGAAAAACUGUAUUCUUCUGCCUGUGAUAAUUAUAUCACCCAUUGUGAUAUUACAGUAGCUGUCGGUGUAUCUGGAAAGGGGAAUAUCGCCUAAACGGUUUUUAACCUCUGGUGAGCAAAACGGUCCGUUAAAACAUUCAUUGUGGUCUUUGAUCUUGCACAAGGCCUAGACCAUAAAACAUCUAGAUAGCCAUCACCAGAGCUGGACACAAGGAAUUUCAUAGAGUGGGCAAUAGACUGCCAGACCAACCCCCUCUGAUCCCCCCCCCCCCAGGGGUCUGCCCACUGAGAAACAACUAGUUUAGAUAUAUUAAUGAGGGUGCUGGACUAUCCAGGGAGUUCUUCAUUUUAUUUCUUUGGUCAGCAACUUCUAGGAGACCUAUACCAUCUAAGACUCCCACAAGAAUUCUAUAUGGGAUAACUACAUGUAAGGAAUUUCUUGUGUUUUCUCCUAUUUUAUUUUAUGUACUGUUUUGCAAUUUGCUAUCUGUAUGUCAUUUAUUUCUGUAUUUUGUACUCAGCACUGUGAAUCUUUUUUGUCAGAUUAAAUGUUUACUUAAUCAGCUUGUGUCUCUAUUCUCUAUGAGCUUCACUCUCCAGAGGAAAGCUCAGGUAAACACGUUACCAAAAAGGGUUAAUUAUAUUUGUUUGAUCAGUAAAAGUAGAACUGUGAUUCUAUAAUUCUCCUGUGUGAGGGGUAACCUAAGACGCCCGGGUUUAAAGUCUUGGUGGUGGCAGUAAAGUGUGUACUAGGGGGUUAGUGUAGAAGGGAUUGCAGGGGUUAAUUGAGUGGUUGCUGGGACUAGCAACAGGUAACCAGUGUCAUUAACCCUGUCACUUCCACACUCUCCCCACUGUCUCAGCUGGGCCCAUAGCCCAUGCUCGUGACAUCUUCCCCAUUCUCCUGCCAAUUUAGCUUUGCUGAAAGUGUUGACAGUGAAUUGCCAUUUCACAUUGCUGCUGAUCUAUACAAACAUGUUAGACUCAGAUAGACCGGGUUAUUCAGUAAAGUGUGAAGUCAAAGUGAAUAUUUUUAACUAGAAGCAUAGCCGACUUAGAGAAUGUUUCCAAGCCGACUAUUUUGACCUUAAAGGUACUAUAUAGUGCCAGGAAAGCAAAGCUGUUUUCCUGGCACUAUAGGUUCCUACAGUGCCCCCCUCCCUUGCACCCCCACUCCUGCAGCCCUGAAGGGGUUAAAAUCCCUUCAGUCACUUACCUGAAUGCAGCACUUAUGUUCCUCUGUGCUGGGUCAGGAUCCGCCCACUCUCCUCCCCCACUGACUAAAAGUCGUCUAAGCACCUGGAAGUCCGUCUAGUGGCUGUCCUGUAGAUAGCCACUAGAGGAGGAGUUAACCCUGAGAGGUAAUUAUUCUAGACUAGUGUCUCUCGGAAACUGCAAUAAUUACCACUGUGGGGUUAAGGGACAUAGGACAUUGUACCCAAACCACUUUAAUGAGCUGAAGUGGUCAGGGUGCUUACGGUGACCCUUUAAACUUGAAAUUCACUUUGAAUUCUCACUUUAGUGAAUAACAAUGAGAGUUAUAAUAGUCAAAACAGUCAACAUAGCCCAGCUGGAAAAAAUGUCUAAAUUAUCUCUGCUUUCCAUUCUACUACUUCAUGCCUUCCAACUGUCCCAAUUUCGUCAGGUCACAACAUACACAGAAUAUCCUAUAUUCUUGGUGUGUCUGAGACCAGGAACUGUUAUUAAGAUAUCAGAUUCAGACAUAGAAAGAUAGAAAUCUUACUAGUGACUAGUGGUUAGAAGACGUUUUGAACUAAGUGCCAGUUUGACAGGUCCAUCAGAGAGCUAGGUUCAUUUUACUCCAUUUAGAAUUUGAACCAGCUGAAACCUGCUAAAUAAUUUAUCUUUAUUUAUUUUACAGGCCUAAGGAACAAUGAACCAGAUACAAAAUUUACUCUAUGAUUCUCUGAUAAGAACUUCUCAUGUAGAAGGUGCCGUUCUUAUCAAAAUAAAGGAGGGGCUAAUGUGUGUGUCACCCCCACGUUUUAACGUAAGUAGAAAAAAUCACGUUUAAAAAAAACUGUGCAAUCAGUAGACCAUACAUUUUAGAACACAAGUCAUAGUCCAAUAAUUCAGUUAUAAAUGGCGUGCACUCACCUAGGAGCACUUGCUUUUAGUUGCCCGUUUUUACAUUCCCUAUAGAUUCCAGCAUGUAUGGACUUUGCCGACGAUAUUAGUUAAUGGGAAAGUUGCGGAACCCAUGUUGGCGAGAGGUGUGCUCUGUUGUCUAGUUAUUUGUGCGGUUUUCAUUAAUCUUCUCUGACCAAUAUUUGCUCCAUAGCAGGGUUAUCCAUUUAAUAUAUUCCUGAUGUGAUUUUAAAUACAUUUUGUGAAUGUAAGAAUUCAAAAAUUGUUACAUUAGAAUUCCCUUUCUUUUUUGAAGAUCCUUUCUUCCGAUACCUCAAUUUGCACACAUAUGCACAAACUACACAGACAUACAAAAUCACUAGAAACACAAAGACCCUGUCAUUGGCUUCAUUGUGGAAUAGCUACAUAGGGUGCAGUUGGAACCCAACUAAGAGAUUCAGGCAAGAGAGACCAGCACCACCAGAAACAUAGAUACAGUUCUGUCCCACUCUAGACUAUAAAAGAUUGUAGACUCUGGGCGUGAUCCCCACUGUGGAAGGCUUUCAACUGGGAAAGAUGGGGUACAAACUACCAUGGACCUCCAAAAUACAUUUGAAUUAUUUUGCUUAUAGGAAUUCUUGUAGUACGAAAUUUUUCCAUGUAAUAUUUAUGAUUUGUUUUUUUGACAAAGUGGAUUUUGUUUAUUUGAAUAUAAGUAAUGUAAUGGCUUUUGUAUUGUUUAGGUUCGAUUGUGAAUUGUUGUGUCUGCUUUCCAGGUCCCACCUCAGCAAGUCCAGCUGAUUAUUGAUGCUUUUAAAAAUGUGUCUGCGACAAGAAAGGAAGGCAUUUACUUUCGUGAGAAGAAUUACAAAUGCAUCCGUGCUGAUAAAAAUUCUGUGUAUGCAAAAUGUGUAAGUUACCAGUUUCGUUACAUGCUAUGGACAUAGAAACAUGUUUUCUUGACCCGUAUUUUCCGGGAUUUGGGAAUCCGAAAUGAAUGAUUUCCAGACAAUAGGAAUAAAUUCACUUAAUAAAGAGAUGACAAAAACUCAUUACAUUAAUUUGUUCAAAAUAUCCGAACUAGAGAAAUAUGUUGAUUUUGGUAUUCUGUCUGUCUGUCUAUCCAUCUAUCUAAUUAUCCACACAUUGGUUGGGUAAUAUCACUUGUGCAUUAUUCUCUAUAAAAAGAUAUGGAUGGACAGGAGCUGAGGAGACAGGGACAGCAAGAUUCUUUCUCCUCAGCUCUUCUGGCAUUUCACUACCAGGAUAGGAGCUAAGCUAUUGGCAGCAGCUGCAAAUAGCACAUGCUCCCUGGGAUUGUAGCUCAAACCACCCUGGUUAUAAAAACCAACGGAUUUAAAAUAUACUGUCAGUAUAACAUAGCUAAAUUGCUUUACCAUGAAUGUGGUUGUCUCUAUAAACGUGUUCUGUUUUUUUUGUUUUUAAUUAGGACGAUGACGGAAUUGUGCUAGUAAAAACAAAAGUUCAUAUCCUACUUGCUACAUACUGCAAAGGAAUGUACCCCAGUGUCUGUGUAGAGGCCACUGAGAAACUCGGUAAGUUUAAGAAACUCCCCAAAACUUGCAUAACCUCCACACUGGUUUCCAGGAGGAACCCACUCUGUACAUGUCCAGAAAUUGUAAAGUGACACAAUGGCAGCAUUCUAAGUAGGUUGGGGCUUUUUUUGUAGAACCAGCAUGAUCAAGGACCACUUACUACUAUUCCAUCUGUCGUAGACUUCAUUACCAGCGGUACUCAGCAGGGGUGAUAAUUGUCAUAGAACUCAUGGUUUAUCCCUAUUAGAUGUAUUGCACUGAAAGAGAAUGCAUACUGUCUUUUUAUUUUUGGACUAACAGGUAUUAUUUAUGUAUUUUUUUAGGUUCUUAUUUCCGAGAGAAGGAAAUGUAAUAACCCACGAUCUUUCAUUGGAUGAAGAUUUCUUACCCAUGGAAGUCUUUGUAAAGACUGUUCACACUUAAGUGAUGUUUUCAGAGACCUUUCAGUAAACAGCGAAUAUGCAGGAGUGUUGUGAGAAUCUCACACACAGAAACAUGACUUGUACAUGACUACAUUCAUUCUGCAUCGUUUGUUACCGUUUUUAAAUUCAGACGCAAUGUUCCAAUUGCUCUACAAUUGUUCCAUUAAACGGAUUCAGCACCUACAAAUACAUGUGUUUCCUCUGAGAACUUUAGCAAUAUGCC